AUGGACAAGUUUGGUGGCUUGAUGAAGAAGAAGAACAAGGAGAAAGGGUUUUCGGAAUACGACUACGUUGAGGUUUCAAAGAGAGUGAGUGAUGCAGGGACGAUCCAGAUCGCAGCAGCAAGAGGCCGUGAGGGAGGUUUUUCUUUCAAUGAACAGUUUCGAAAACUGUUACCGCCUACGAAAUGGGCUGCAGAGUUCAAUGUAGCAGUUCUUACGGUGCCUCCUAGAAGUGGAAGUGAAUGGGGUGAAACAGAGAAGUAG